AUGACGAGUUGCUCUCUGGGUACGAAUUUCCAUGGCUCGUUUGGAGAAGUCUCGGCUUUCGGACAGGUGACUUGUGUCGAGUGUUGUGACGGAGAUAUGUGCAACAACCAGGGUUGUGGGGACACCGGACCACCCCCGCGGGAAUCUCGUGGACCAUACUGCUACCAGUGCCAACAUAUGCCAGACCCAAGUUACUGUGAAAAACUUACCAUCUGUGACAGCAAUGAAGUUUGCAGUAUUGAUGAAACAGUUUCAUUUGGUCAUCAGUUCUCAAGCGGAUGCAGACGAAAAGGAGAGUGUUUACACGAAGGGCUUUUGGUGGGCAGGGACAUCCAUAACCUUUUGGUGGGCAGGGACAUCCAUAACCUUUGUCACAAAUGUUGUUCAGUUGACUUCUGUAACCAAGAUUGCACAGAGGAAAAAUCUUGGAGCGCCUGGGGUCCAUGGGGGUCAUGUUCAGCUACGUGUGGCAGCCAUGGUCAUCAAAUCCGGAAUCGAUCUUGUACAGAUAUCACAGGCACAAUGGGAUUACAAGGCUGCGAAGGUGAUUCGAUGGAGGAACGCAACUGCUCGGAUGGAAUAUGUCAAAGUUGUCGUGAACUGUACAACAAUGGAAAACGCGAUUCAGGUGUGUACACCAUAGCCCCGGUCGGACACCGACCCUUUGACGUCGUCUGCAACAUGACGGACGGAGGAGGAUGGACAGUUCUUCAACACCGAUUUCCAAACGGCUCUCUUAGCUUUAACCGGAACUGGACAGACUACGCCAAUGGUUUCGGUGAUCUACAUGGCGAUUUCUGGCUUGGAUUGGAAUACAUUCACGUGCUGACGUCAGGUGGUGUCCACGUCAUCAUAGAUAUGAUAAAAAAGGGAGGGGAAUUAACAAGGUUAAGUUACGAUUACUUUGAGGUGAAAGACGCCAUUAUUGCCAGACAUCAUAGCAAAGACCUUCCCGAUACAAAACGGUUUGCUGUGAUUCACCUGUUAAAGGCCUUACAUUUACUAGGGACACCUUAA